UCAUUAUAACAUAAACUUUAUUUUGUUUCUUUACACCUAGAUAAGUAUACAAUCCUUCAUAUUUAUUAUUGUACAUGUCUGGAUACAUUUAAACCUAUUAUUGAACCUUCACUGCCUUUAAUAUCAUGACAUUGUACUGAUCACAUACACAAGUAAAACACUGGGAUAGUUGAACAAGUAGCUAUUGUCUUAUUGCUCAGUAGGAUGCCUUGGACAAAUCCCUCUUAGUUGCAGGUGGUCAGGCGUGAGCAAAGAGUUAAGUCCUGGGGUCCCUCUGUCCCUCCCUCCUAAUGUCCUGACAUCAUUGGCCCUGCCUCCAAAAACUCCUUGCUUUCCCCCAAAGUAAGUUUUCCAGUCCUGCUUUCAUUAGUGUCGGAAAGAAACACGGUGUGCUCCCAGUGUUAAGACCAAGCAUUAGCAUAUAGUUUCAUGCCCUGGAACUAUAGAUUGUAAAACUAUGUUUUAAUUAUAAUCUAAGGACCUUUUGGUUUUCAGCGUGGACAUCUUGGGUGUUAUAUGCGGUUCAGCAGGAGAUGGCUGUUCAGGCUGCUAUCAUGAACUCACAGUUCCUAAAUUUCUGUUUCCCUGGUUCGGUUAUGGAGUACGAGGUGGAGAAGGGUCUGGAUGGGACAUUCCUGGGUGAAGUGGACUGUGAGGGUGAGUUCAGGGAGGCAACCAGUGACUUGCUCAGCUUCAUUGACUCUGCUUCCAGUAACAUCAAACUGGCCCUGGAUAAGCCAGUGAAGUCCAAGAGGAAAGUCAACCACCGCAAGUAUCUACAGAAACAGAUCAAAAGAUGCACAGGAAUCAUGGGACUGGGGAAUGGAUCACCUCAUGAUGCUUGCAAAAGUCAUGACUCCACACCAAGUCCGACUAGCAUCAUCCAGAACAAAACUCCUAAGCGGGAUGGAGCUCAGGCUAACCUGCAGAGCAAAAGUCUGGCUGCUCUCUUUAACCAUGCCAAGGAUUUGCGGGGAGAGAAAACAAAAAAGCCUCCACUGCGACACAGAAAUCUGCCACCAUCCUUCUUCACAGAGCCAGCCAACAAUGCCAGAGUUACAUCCACUUCUGGCAUGUCCCUCAAAGAUCUUGAGCGGGGGAAUCCAGAUGCAACAGAAUUCUUUGAGCUCCUGGGGCCUGAUUACAGCAACAUGGUCUCUGAGCAGGAACUCUACCACACCAUGCCUAACAGGGUCCAGCAGCAGGGAACCACAGGACCGGAACCAAUCCCUUUUGACUCCCACAGUUUUGUGACAGGUGGUUUUCUGUAUGCAGAACCAUGGACCACAAGUGCUGGGGUGUCCAAAAAAACAGGAGACAUAAAGAUAGUUCCAGGGCAGUCAUCUCUAUAUGGGAACACAGACUCAUCUUGCCCAUUGCCUAUGGAGCAGAACUCUACAUGUUCGUUGACCUUCCCAAACUUCUUUACAGACUGCUCUGUGUCCCAGGUCUCAUACGAUCUGGCUAGCGGAUACAGCCGAGGUAGUUUUCCAUCUCUUUAAGUGAAGCAGCUUUUUCACUUUUUGAAAGAACUUUUUGAAACAAAAAUCUGCAAAGGAAACAAUUUUUAACUAUGCAUCUAUAUGAUGAUUAAUCAGAAAGAAACAUUUUGGACCAACUUAUUUAGUGAAAUGUUUAUCUCAGCCUGUACAGAGGGAUAAUCUUGCUGCUUACUUGAUGUCAGGGACUUUUACAACAAUCUCUAUCAUUUACAACAAUCUUUAUAACAAUCUCUACGUUCUAUCACACCUUAUAAAGUGUUACAGGAAUUCGAUUAAUAAUUUUUCAUAUGCUUUUUCAUAGAUAGGAAAUCUCCAUGGAUAGGGUGAGGGAUUUUUUAUUUAGAACAUUAUCUCAGGGUGUUAUUUUGCUUGUUUUCAUAUAUUGAAAAAUAACAAUAAUCAUUUAGUCUGAAAAGAAAAGAAAAAAAGACAAUUAAGGCAGAGUAAUUACUUUUAACUGUUACAAUUUAUUAGGAAUAAAAGCUACAGGAACUGUGAUUAGAGAUUUAUGUUUUUCAAUUAGAAAUAUGGAAAUAAAGUCAUAUUUUAUAGAGCAAUUUGGUGCUUUCAUAUUCAGAAAGAUGCCCAGCAUCCUCAUAAAUAUCUGUCAGUAGUAGAUUUUACUGUUUUAUAUAAAAGGCUUGCUUAUUAGCAUGUGCUCUUGGCUCUCUGCAGUAUAUUAUUAAGAUAAUGUUGUAUGUGGAGUACAUAUUCCUUUAAAUUUGGAAUAAAAGCAAAUCUAAAACAGUGGAAGUGGAAGCUUCUUAGACGGGGACUACAGAGUGGAUCUUGGAUUAUCACUACAGUCUAACUUUGGUUUAGGAUAGAAAUUGAGAGUAGAUACUGGAUAUUUCAAACUUGAGUACAAAACUGAGUCCAAAAUAUAACACAUUAUAAUGGGAAGUAAAAUAUAGUGAUAUAUAUUAUUUUUAUGGCAAGUGCCUUGAAUGUAUUUGGAACAUAUAAACUGUUGAAAGCACUGACAAUUUGCUUUAUUGUAAAUAACCUCAAACUGUCAACAAAAGCAACGUUCAAGUAGUUAAAUGAUUGUGUUUUAGGUUCAUACACUUGACUGCUCUCUUGCUCUAUAUCACUUCACCUGAUAUGAGCAGUAAGAGCAGUAUUUUUGUUCUUGUUCAGAAUGUAAUAAGGCAUAAUAAAGCUGGUCUUUAUUUCUCAUAUAAUACUAUUUUCCUCUUACUUUACUUUGUGCCUACUGGUAAAUAUACUACAAUAUUAGGAAUAUGUAGAAAAGUAGGAACUGCAAAUUUCGCAUUUUAACACAUUGCGUGGAUUGCAUAAGACUGUAUAUAAUGUUCAUGAACAUAUAGCUCCCUCUACAGGCUACAAGUUAUUUCACUGCUUGUCCAGUUUAGUAUUGAGCACACUUGUAAUGUAUAAUUCUGUCUUCUAUGUUUUAAAAGCAAAUGAAUGUUAAUCAUUCACUUAAUAACCUCUAGGGUAUUGGUCCUGGUCAUUAAAUAUUUAAUAUUUAUUUUUGAUAUUUAUUGCUGUAUCACAGAUCAGAAAAAGAUUGUUUACAUAUUUGGCCUGAAAUAAUACACAUUGUACAGAUGGUGCUUUUUAAUGGAAUAAAUAGCAUUUGGCAGAUGCCUCUAUCCAGAGUGGCUUAAUGAACUAUAAAUAAAUGUAAAUCUAUUUAAACAUUUAAACAAAAUAUUCUGUGACGAAGAAGAAGAAGAAGAAGAAGAAGAAGAAGAAGAAGAAGAAGAAG